GAGUUAACAUGUAGAAAGAUGACAGGUUGCAGAUUGGAGAGGAAAUUGAUGGAGUGAUCCCAGUUAUUCUAGGUUGGUCUAGAACGUCAAAGAAUCGGUUACUACGUAUUAUACAAAUUACUACUACUACACUUUCAUUACCAUCUCUUGGUCUCUGUCUCACAAGUUUCUUCAUUCGUCGCUCUCCCUUCAACUUCAUCGAUCGACACCACCGCAAUAUUUCCCUUUCUCUCCUUCUUCUUCUUCUUCUUUCCGGAAUAUUCUUUCACUGAAUGGCCCAACCAGCGUACACAGUAGCUUCUGACAGUGAAACUACUGGAGAGGAUAAGUCUUCUGCAUUCCCAGGAAUUGCAAUUGGUAUUGAUAUUGGUACUUCACAAUGUAGUGUGGCGUUUUGGAAUGGAUCUGAAGUGGAGUUACUUAAGAACACUAGGAACCAGAAAAGAAUGCAGUCAUAUGUGAGCUUCAAAGAUGAAGUCCCCACAGGUGGAGUCAGCAGUGAACUUACCCAUGAGCAAGAUAUCCUGUCUGGAGCGACAAUCUUCAAUAUGAAACGGCUAAUUGGAAGGAUUGACACUGAUCCUGUUGUUCAUGCUACCAAAAGCCUACCCUUUUUAGUUCAGACCUUGGAUAUUGGUGUGCGGCCGUUUAUAGCUGCUUUGGUGAACAAUGCUUGGAGGUCUACUACACCCGAGGAAGUUUUAGCAAUUUUUCUUGUCGAAUUGAAGACCAUGGCAGAAGUUCAGUUGAAAAGGCCUAUACAAAAUGUAGUUCUAACUGUUCCUAUUUCGUUUAGCCGUUUUCAGCUGUCUAGAAUUGAACGUGCCUGUGCCAUGGCGGGCCUUCAUGUUCUUAGAUUGAUGCCUGAACCAACUGCUGUAGCACUUUUAUAUGCACAACAGCAGCAACACACCGUUCACGAAAAUAUGGGCAGUGGAAGCGAGAAGAUCUCCCUUAUUUUCAACAUGGGAGCUGGCUAUAGUGAUGUAGCCGUUAGCGCGACAGCUGGUGGUGUUUCACAGAUAAAAGCCUUAUCAGGAAUUGCUGUUGGAGGGGAGGACCUUCUUCAAAACUUGAUGCGUCAUCUCUUACCUGGAUUUGACACGGCUUUCUCUGGCCAUGGGCUCGAUGUCAUCAAAGCAAGGGCUUCUCUUCGAGUUGCAGCUCAGAAUGCUAUGCAUAUGCUUUCAUCUCAAACAAGCGUUAAAGUUGAUGUCGACUUGGGAAAUGGUAGAAGAGUGACGAAGCUUCUAGAAAGAAAGGAAUUCGAGGAUGUUAACAUGACAUUAUUCAACAAAUGCGAACGUCUAAUACUGCAAUGCUUGAAUGAUGCUAAGGUAGAAAUAGAAGAUCUGACUGAUGUAAUACUAGUUGGAGGAUGUUCUGUAAUUCCCAAGGUCCGAGAUUUUGUGAAGAGCAUUUGCAAAAGAGAGAAUCUCUAUGAAGGGAUAAACCCGCUUGAAGCUGCAGUAUGUGGAGCAGCACUAGAAGGAGCAGUGGCAUCUGGUGUAACAGAUCCGUUCGGAAACCUCGACUUGCUAACCAUACAAGCUACUCCUCUAAGCAUCGGGAUUCAAGCAAGCGGAAACAAAUUUGUCCCCAUCAUCAUGAAGAAUACGGCUGUCCCUGCAAGAAAGGACUUGGUUUUUACGACGGUCCACGACAACCAACCUGAGGUAUUGAUAGUCAUUUACGAAGGGGAUGAAACGAAAGCAGAGGAGAAUUAUUUACUUGGGUAUUUCAAAAUCAGUGGGAUCCCUCCGUUGCCAAAAGGAAUUCCAGAGAUAAAUGUGUGCUUGGAUAUUGAUGCUUCAAACGUUCUGAGAGUCUUGGCCGGUGUUGUGGUUCCAGGCAAUCAGCAGCUGGUUAUUCCAAUCAUGGAAGUGAGAAUGCCAACCAUUGAUGAUGGGCAUGGCUGGUGUGCUGAAGCUUUAAGCAGGAUUUCUGGCUCUUCAUUGGGUUUAACACCAUUACAGAAGAAAACCCAGGCAUGAUAUCGAGCUAUUACCUAUACGUUGCUUAUUUUUAGAUCCUGUUUGAAAUGGUAGGCUAUUAAAGGCAAUGGUGGGUAUGGUAAUCACCACCGACUUGAAUAGCUUAUGCAUUUCAUUAUUGCUGUUAAACUUCCUUCCAAACAUGGCUUCUUUUCUGGUAUAGAGUGUUGGUAAUGUUUAUGUGUUUGUUUUUUAUGAUGUAAAUUAUAGAUGUGGAAAUAAAAUAGGCUGUGGUUGUGCAUUGUGUCAUGUAGUAAAGAAGUAAUUGGUUCUUUACAGCUUAUUGUUGAUAUAUUAAUGCUAAUACAGUUGCAAUUUAAGGUAGAGUGAGUGCCUUAGUUCCUUAUUUUACCUCUUUAUUUCCCAAGGCAACCAAAAGUGGCUCAAUGAAUAGAGGAUUUGCAUGUUGAGUAGAAGGUUUGGGGUUUGAUCUCUACAGGGUGCAGGCAUAAGUUGGGAAUUUCUUGACUACCCGCAUUUUGAGGGAAGAAGUAUAGAUUAUCUGCAUCUUUCAGGGAAAAAAAAACCCAAACCAAGAUAUUAGGAGUGUUUUUUAUUUAUUUAUUUAUUUUUUUAAUUUCUUAAGGCAACUUUUGUUUGUUCUCUUUGACAUUGCUCACAUUUCCUAAAUUUAGAUUCAAACAAGGGAACUCACAAAUGUAAAUCAACUUUCACAUACCAAAUU